CUUCGCCUCUUCCGUCGAGUUCGAGCUCUACGCAGCCGAAAGACUUUUGGCUAUGGAGGAAGGCGAGAGCUGGUGCUGUUAAGCCUUGCUUUGAUCUGUCGAAUCCAUGAAAUAGUGUACAUUUUAGAGUCAGAUAGACAACAUUUCAGAAUGGAAAGAUUUCUGAGCUGGUGGUGCGACACUUUCAUCGUCUUCGGCACCAACAUGAUGAUGCAAAUGAGCUUUGUGUGCUACCUCAGCAUAGGUAUUCUCUAUUCAGUGCUGAACGAUUUUGUCCGUUUCCAGCUACGAUCCCAACUACAGGCCCUGGAACGGCCGCACGGACGACGCCAAGACUUGCGGAGUGUCCGCCGGAGACUGAUUGAGUGCUUGGCCCUAUAUAGAGAGAUCUAUGCCCUGGCCACUACGUUUCAGAAGCUAACCGAUUUUCCGUUCUUCUUGAGCAUCGUUCAUAAUUUUACAUUUCUUGGUGUGGUCAUUUACCAUUUGACUAUCGUUGGAUGGUUCAAUAAGCAUAAAAUUCAGCUAAGUAUUCUGACAACUAAAGUGAUUCUUGACUUUUUUCUCGUAACUAUGGCCGUUGAAGGAGCAAUGACUCAGUUUAGGGUCAUUCGGCGACUCAGUCUGGAGAACUGCUAUAUCAGCGACCACAAAGAUUGGCACACGACAUUUGAUUUGUUCGUCACCCAUUUGAGUCUAUAUGAAUUUCGCGUCCGUGUUCUGGGUCUUUUCGAUGUCUCCAACGAGCUGGUCUUGAUAGUCCUUUCCGCUCUAGUCACCUUUGUGAUAUAUGUCGUACAAUAUAGAAUGCAGUCGACGGGGGAAGCGGCAUAGUGAUAGUUCUGUAAUCA